AUGUACAAUAGUAGUAAUAGUAAUAUAGAUGGAAGAUUAGGGUUAGCAAUUCAUAGAGUAUUUUCAAACAAGUUGGUACUUCGACUGAUAUUUCAUCAUGCCAAAGAGAUACAUAUCGAUCUACAAGAUGUAUCUUACGACUCGCUGCACAUGUUGGAUCGCGAGAUGAUGGAACUGUUCUUCCAACAAGCAAGAAUAAGUGGUUUUAAAGUGCCCAUCAACUUUCUCAAACGGUGCUACGAGUGUGCUCUCAUCAACAAUGAUGUAGAGAUGCUGCUAUUGGCACUGGACAAACACGUAGCACUCUACGUUGACGCGUCAACCACCGAGAUUACAUACAAUGCACGUACAAUGAAAAAAGCGGCAAAUAACUUGGAGAUUCUAGAGGUGGUACAUGAUAACUUAAAGUUCAAGGCGGGUACUGGUUGGGAAGAGAUUGCAAAGAGUGCCGCACAGUGGGAUAAUGUAGAGGUCAUAAAGUUUAUGGCUGCGCGUCGGACUGUGGGUCUAUCCGAGGACGUGUACAACUUUGCAGCGGGUGCGGCGGACAAUCGGUGCGAGGUGUUGCAGUACUUGUUUGACAACCCACCGCAUCUUCCAAGUGCGACUGGUCGCGCGUCGUUUUUGGCAUACACUAUUGCGGCGGGUGCACGUAACUUAAAUGCAAUCAAACUACUCUACUCGAUGCGAGGUGUGACUAGUAUCUCGGGUAACGACCGAAACUACUGCACGAGCAGUGCGCUUGGUGCGGCAUUGAGCGCAGGGUAUGCAGAGAUUGCCGAGUAUCUGUUAGAGCAUGUCGAGUGUGUUGACGAUUACGGCAAGCCGAAGGGUAGUCUUCACGCCAUCAAACACGCUUGCUCUAACGGACACUUGUCAAUCGUCCAUUUCCUCAUGGAAACACUUGCCAAGAACCCGCAAGAGUUGGCGCGUCGAGCACACAUUAUCCGCGACGCUAUCUUUCAAGCGGCCAUCAAUAACCAUCUCGACGUUGUAAAAUAUUUUACCGACCGUAAUUUCCCAUGUUGGCCAUCGACCCUCGAGUCAGUCGUCGAGCGUGGUCACCUCGACAUGGUCGAACAUUUCGUCGAGCAUGGUCAGUCUUAUUUCAACUCGGACAAUCUUCUUGGCGGUCUUGAGAUGAGUAUUCUGUCAGGACAACUCGAUAUUACAAAGUUGUUAUUAAUCCAACUCGACAACAAGGAUCUCAGUACAAGCAAGACAACUACUUGGUGCCAACUAAUGGGAUCUCUCCUCACCCAAGCUUUUACAAACUAUCACAGUCAAACCAUCAUCCUCUACAUUUCCCAUUUUGAAUCCAUCGUCAAACAAAAUACUUAUACCUAUUCUAAAUUCAGAACCGAUGCUUUUGAAUAUGGUCUCAUUCCAGUCAUUCAUUUUUUUACAAACAAACAUAAUCCAAAAAUUAAUGAAAAUCAAAAUCAAAAUCAAAAUAAUAAUAAUAAUAAUAAUAAUAAUAAUAAUAAUAAUAGUAGUAAUCCAACAACAAUGUAUGAAGGUAUUUUAAAUUUUGGAUCACUUUUUAAUGAAAAUAGUGUUGUUCGUAGAAUUGUUGAAAAGAAUAGAAAAUAUUGGAAAAAAUAA